UGAGCACUCAAGCCAGAUAAUGGAGAAGAUAUUAAAACUGUCCAUGAUACUUUAGCUUCAUUGUCACUUUAUUUCUGGAGUCUGGUGGUUGUCUUGUGCUUUUUGUAUUUAAAGCAUAACAUACAUGAGGAUGGAGGCCACAGCAAGUUACCAGUCAGGGAAGAAGCCCACCAACAUAGAUGAGGUCAUCCCAGACUUACCUUCUGGCCCUCUGGAUCAGCACAGGAGUCGUGCCACCUUCAACUGGAAGGUCAUGAAGGCGUACCUUGACCCUCCUUACAUUAUUCAACUCAUGGACAAAGCCUGCAAAUUCUUGGAAAAUGACCCAGUGUUCCAGCAUAGGGAUGGAGACAUGACUUUAGAGGAAGAGAGACAGAUAACUUACAAACGUGUCAGAAGGCUCAUGAGUCAUGAAUUUGUGGAUGAAGAUGAGAUUAUGUAUGAUUAUAAAAAGGCUCCAGCCCUGAACAUCGUGAUUGGGGGUUAUGAUUGGUCCUUAGCUGCCCGGAAGGGACUCUUGACUAAUUUCAUAUCUUCAGGAAUUAUGGGUCUAGGGACAGAGAAGCAUUACCACUAUCUUGAUGCUCUCAAGAAUUUUGAG